ACACUCAUUAUUGUCCCAUAGACAAAAAUUCAUUUCCUCCCAACAUCUCUCUCUUUCUCUCUCUUCUUUCUCUCUCCAGUUUGCACAUCAUAACACUUUUUUUUUCUCUCACUUCUCCUUCGCCAUCGAUCGUCGUUGUGGGGUUUUAUUUUCUAGUUUUGCGUUUGUGUUAUAUCGUUAAUUUAAUUUUGUUGGGUGGAUUGGAUAUUAUUGGGAAUUUUGGGUCAAUUUUUAAUGCUUAUUGUCUGAUCGGAAUUUGGAGGAUUUCGAUGUUCAGAUAAUCGUCAAUCUGAUACGCCCAUGUCAGAUUGAUCGAUUCUUGAUUGAUUACCAUGGAUUCCUGGGAGGGUUUUGUCGUCUUGUGCUGCGGCCGAGAUUGAAUUAGGAAAUAAAACCAGAAUGGGAGUGGAUUCAGUUGGCGGAUUUUGUGAAUUCGGAGUGGCUUUGAAACAAUAGAUGCAAUUGGGAUUUGAGAAAUCGGCUUGCACAGUACUGAAGCCGACCGCUGAUUUCCGUUUUCUUGUCUAGUUCUUGGUUUUGGUUUUUUAUGCGUGAAAAUUAGCUCCAAUGGAGGAUUUGGGAGAUAUCAAUUCUCUGGUUGGAGCUUGAUUUCGGGCCUGGGCUAUGGCUAAGGAAGAAGUUAGCCCCAGUGAUGAAGCUGACCAUCGUCAACCUGCACACUCGAGCACCGAAUGCGACUCACCGGCUGCUUCGACGUCGGCGUCGAUAGGAUCGCAGUGGCAUCCUAGGCAACUUGGUUUUGGUCCUUAUUUGCAUAGAGAAGAAGCUGCUGCAAAGCCCCAAGAUUCGCGUUUUGCCGCCAGAAUACCCCUGGUUGCUAGAUUAACCAAGGACAUAGUUGAAACAUACAGAAAAUGCAAUCCAGAGUUCAAGUAUUCAGAAGAAUUAAAUCUGAAAAGAUUUCUGACGAGCCCAUCAAUUGGAGUUCUCAAUGAUGGCUAUGAUAAUGUGAACUCAGAUCUUAUUUUGGCGGUGAACUUUGUUUUGCUCAAUUUUGAUACGCAACGGAGAUAUGUUGUCAAAGAUCUACUUGGUCAUGGGACCUUUGGGCAAGUUGCUAAAUGCUGGGUUGCGGAAACUAACAGCUUUGUAGCUGUGAAGAUCAUAAAAAACCAACCUGCAUAUUAUCAGCAAGCACUGGUUGAAGUAUCUAUUUUGACACUGUUAAAUAAGAAGUAUGACCCCGAGGAUAAGCAUCAUAUUGUCCGUAUUUAUGAUUACUUUGUAUAUCAACGUCAUCUGUGCAUUUGCUUUGAGUUGCUCGAUACAAAUUUGUAUGAGCUUAUCAAGAUGAAUCAUUUUAGGGGGUUGUCCUUGAGCAUUGUUCAAAUGCUAUCCAAACAGAUCUUAUGUGGGCUUGCUCUAUUAAAAGAUGCUGGUAUUAUUCAUUGUGAUUUAAAGCCAGAAAAUAUUCUUUUAUGCACGAGCAAUUCAAAGCCGGCAGAAGUUAAAAUAAUUGACUUUGGAUCAGCUUGCAUGGAAGACCGCACUGUUUAUUCAUACAUCCAGAGCCGCUACUACAGAUCUCCAGAAGUGCUGCUUGGAUAUCAAUAUACUACAGCUAUUGAUAUGUGGUCCUUUGGUUGCAUAGUUGCAGAGUUGUUUCUUGGGUUGCCAUUGUUUCCAGGAGCUUCUGAGUUUGAUCUAUUGAGGCGAAUGAUUGACAUUCUUGGGGGACAACCUCCAGAUUAUGUUCUGAAGGAGGCAAAAAAUACUAGCAAAUUCUUUAAGUUUAUUGGGGGUUUCCAUAAUAUUGAAAAUGAAAUUUCUGCAAGCGAUAGAAGCACUUUUCAAGCAUUAACAGCAGAAGAAUAUGAAGCUAGAGAUAUGAAAAAGCCUUCAAUUGGGAAAGAGUAUUUCAAUCGAAUGAACCUUGAAGCAAUUGUGAAUAACUACCCUUAUAGAAAGAACUUGCCCGAGGAAGAUAUUAGGAAAGAGCGUCAAGUACGACUAGCCUUAAUUGAUUUCCUAAAGGGCCUUGUAGAGUUUGACCCUGCAAAAAGGUGGUCACCUUUCCAGGCCUCCAAACACCCUUUUGUGACGGGGGAGCCCUUCACAUGUCCAUACGCACCUCCUCCAGAGACCAGACGUUUGCCUGUUUCUCAAAACAUAAAGGUGGACGACCAUCAUCCUGGUGGAGGGCAUUGGUUUGCAGCUGGUCUCUCUCCCAAUAUUGCCGGUAGGAACAGAGUUCUGCAGAGCAGCCCACAUUUUCAAAUGUUGCCAUAUGCGCAUGCUAACAGUUAUGGCAGCGUAGGAAGUCAUGGUAGCUACAAUGAAAGUAUUGGGUUUGGAAACAGCUAUGGAAGUUAUGGAGAUAAUGGCAUGCUUGCAUACUAUUCCCCUGUUGGUCCAUCUGGAAUGAAUAUGCAUCCACAGGGAAGAAUAUCUGUGCUUGCAAGUAGCCCAGAUACUCGGCAGAGGAUCUACCAAUUAUCGCAUGGUAAUGGGAUUGGUGUGAGCCCGUCAACUGGGAACUUUGCACCACUUCCCCUGGGCACGAGUCCAUCACAGUUUACUCCACCAAGCACUUACGGUCAAGUUUCAGCGGGCUCUCCUGGACAUUAUGGGCCAACUUCUCCUGCAAGGGGUAGUUGUCAGGGAUCUCCUUUGGGGAAAAUGGCUACAGUUAGUCAAUUUAAUAGAAGGAAAUUUUGGGAGUACUCUGGUAAUACCCAAACUCAUGAUGGUUCGUCAUCUUCGCAUUGGCAAGGGCAAUGUACUGAAGGUAUAAGUUACAGUCAAGCAGAUGGGAACUCUCUACAUGGUUGCUCACCGUCUCAUCUACCGUUGAAUAGCAAUGCCACCAGCUGGAAGCAGCAGCAAGUAGGCAGUGGAAGCUCUACUGGAUACCCUACCGUUCAGAAUAUUUCAGGAGCCCACUUGCAUGGUUCAAAUAUGCAAUUUUCACAACCAACGGAUGUGGCUCGUAAUAAGUCUGAAUUGCCCAAUCCUGGAGAUUGGGAUCCCAAUUACAGUGAUGAACUGCUCCUCCAAGACGAUGAUGAUUCAGAUGCCAGCAGCAUUGCAACUGAUUUCAGCAGCAUGCAUGUUGGUUCAGCAAAUCCAUCAAUUGGGAUUGGAAGAUUUAGUAUGCCAAGCGCUAGUUCGAGUUUAACCACACAAAGAAAGAAUGGACCUGUCCAAGCAUUUCCGCAUGUAGAGGUGGGUAGCCCGCCCUCAGCUCAAGAUUUGCACACUGGAUAUGCCCGUCCCUCGUCGAAGCAUUCCCAUCUCAUGCCUCAUAGUUCACACAAUUCCCCUAGCCGCUUGGGGCAGCAACCCGUUCAGCGGUUCAAUCAAGGGAGAAGUGCAAAUGUUCGCAGUUACGAGUGGAACCCUGUGAAGAUCCAACCACCCCUAUCCAGCUAUAAUUCUGGAGGCCCUCGUUCCCCUGGAAGUGGCUCCUUCAGCAGUGGCAUGUCAUGGGGGUAUAGAGCAAACCAGCCCGUUACAAGCAUUCCUCCCGCAUCCCGUGGAAGAAAAGACUAUGGAAGAAUCUAGUGUUUGAACAACUAGUAUUUCAUCUCAAGAGAGUUAGCAGGAAAAUUGUAUUGGUAUUUGAAUUAGUUCACCUGCUUAGUGGGCUCUUGCCAGAAAAAUCUUCAUUCAGACUAUGUUCAUUAAUUGUUUGCUUGAUAAUAUGAUUUGUGGUCAUGCUUUUUCACCCUCCCAGUAACACUGCUUUCAGUUCUCUGUCACUAACUCAAUUGCCCUGCAAUCCUCAUUUAUGUUUCCCCGAGAA